CGGACCACUGCGCAGCCCUUCAAACAAACUUCAGUCAAGAAGAGUCGACAGAACGGGAGCGGCUUCAGCUUGGAGAGUCGCAGAAAACUGUCACCAGCGUGCGGAACGCGUUGAAAAGGAAUGGACGAUUUAGACGCUCUCCUCGCGGACCUGGAGUCCUCCACCGCCCACAUUUCCAAAUUCCCCGCCUUCUUGCCCGACGAGACGCCCUACUCCUUCCCCAGCAACAGUGGGCGGAGCCUCAGGGAUGACCCCACCCCCCCGCCAGUGCCGCCCCCUCCCUCCGCCGAAGCGCUGAACGGAACGUUGCUCUGCCCCCUCGACUCUUGCUAUUCCUCCCAGCAGUCGCUGGGCUCAGUCCAAAAGAGCAGCACAUGGUCUCGGGGAAGUACGAGUCCCCCUCUGUCCAACGUAGAAGAGGACCACAUCUACAGUUUCCCCAAUAAGCAGAAGUCGUCUGACUCCUCGGCUGCCAUGAUGGCCACUGCUCUGGGCAGUAACCUGUCAGAGCUAGACCGUCUGCUCCUAGAGCUCAACGCAGUUCAAGACACACCUGGAUUCCUCACUGAUGAUGAUGAGGCGCCCCCCCUGCCUGCGUGUAGCCUGUACUCCUACGGGCAGCAGGAGAACGGAGUGGCUCCUGGAAUCACACUGACCCCUGCUGGACUGGAGUCCCCCCAGCAGAACGGCACCGCAGGCAGCAGCAGCCUGGACAAGCUGGAGUGUGUCGUGCCCUCUCCAGUACCCAGCCCUUUCGCACUCCACAGUGAGUUGACGGACAGCCAGUUUGACUCAUCACAGCAAGCACGGAUCUCUGCCACAUCAGCCACUCGCGAGCUGGACGAACUCAUGGCCAGCCUGUCCGACUUCAAGCCCCACUCUCAGGGCUCAGAGUUGCUGUUUGAUCAGAAAUCCUCUAGUCCUCCGGCUAUCCCAUCAGCCCCUGUGGCCUCCUCCCUCCUCCCCCCGUCUCUCUCGUGCGACUCCCCCCUGCCCUCCUCGGCCGGCGACGUCUCUCUGGAGCUGCACAUCGUGGAGGAUGGUGCGGAGCCCUCCGCGCCCCCCCAGGCCAGCGCCUCGCUCCUCAAGCCCAGCUCGGAGCUCUCUCUGUCGGCCGCGACCUCCUCCCUCAGCCCCCCCAGCUCCGGGUCCUGCUCCACGUCCCCAUCCAGCUCCCGUCUGUCUCCGGACACCAUCAUCGACGUGUCGGCCUCCAUGCUCAGCGCCCGCACCGACCCGCUGGUGGUGCUCACCCAGACGGCCUCCUCGCCCUCCCACACCCCCACGUACCUCUGCAGCGCCGCCCCGACCCCACCCAAGACUGGCACCCCCUCCCCCGCCUCUUCCAGCCCCCACCUGAAGGUGGAGCCCUUCAGCUACCUCUCCACCCUGUCCCCGGCAUCCGUCACCAAGUCCCCCAGCCCCAUCCCCUCCCCGAAAAAGUCCUCCCCGUCCCCUGAGCGUUGGAGUCCCCUGGUGCUCCCCACUGUCAACGGCCUCUCCCCGCUGCCCCAAAACACCAACGCCACCCUCUCCCCUUCCCCCAUAAACCUCACUCCUCCUGUCUCAAAGUCUCCUGCUCCUGCUCCUGCACCUCCUCUCGUAGCUCCUGUUGUUGAGUCUCCUGUCCUCUCCUCCCUCUCUCUCCCUCCGUCUCUCUCUCUCUCCUCGCUGCCCUCGUCAAAGAGCUCCAGCGCUCCAGGGGGGCCCCCCAAGCCACCCGGCAGCCAAUCCCAGCCUCCUGCAUCCUCGCUUGGGCACGAGGAAGCGCAGCCCUCCCUGGACGAGGCCCUAGACAAGCUGCUGUCCAUGAGCUUCUCCCCCAAGCCCGAGAGCGAGGUUCUGGUGUCGGCCGCCGCGCAGGGUUCGAAGCUCGGCGCCGAGCCGCCGCAGGAAGUCUUCGAGGAGCCCAUCAUGCCGAUGGACCGCCGGGACGUUCGGCCCGACACGCAGCUGUCGCAGUCGCUGCCCACGGAGUCGGAGCUGGGCGACGGCGGCCUGGACUACCAGUCGGACGCGCGCAGCGACCUGGACUGGGCGGAGAUGGAGCUGAAGAUGGUGUACGACGGCGCCGACGGAUCCAUGACGCCGCUGACCGAGGCCAGCUGGAUGGACGAGUCGCUCACGCCGACCUCCUCCUGCCCGGGGACGCCCGACGGCCAGUUUGACCUCUACCCCAUGCAGCCGCUCACGCUGGACCGCGUCUCCGCCUCUGGACACCUCAAGUCGGUGAUCAGGCGUACGAAGGAGACGCCCAACGUGCACCCCAUGUACCGGGAGAACCACCCGCGGCGCAAGACGGGCCCGCUCAUCUACCACAAGAGCAACUCGCAGGACCAGCUCAUCGCCGAGCUGCAGGGCAAGCUGGGCAUCAGCCGCAAGGAGAAGCCGCGCAAGCAGCCCGACGACUGGCUCACCGAGGGCGUGAUCGUCAUGAACAACCCCAAGCGCUCGCGAGAGGAGCACAACGGCUCAGACGUGGAUAAGAUUAUCAUUCCUC